AUGGAUCCCGAAAAACAGGCCCCCGCUACCAUAGCAGCUGAGACGACACCACCACCCAUCCACGCCGCGCAAAACACCCCCCUCGACACCACCGCCAUGGCUUCCUUAGGCAAACUCCAACAAUUGCCCCGCAACUUCUCCUUCUGGACGAUUCUGGGUUUGACGGCGAGUAUGAUGUGUACGUGGGAAGCCGUCUUCUUCGCCAACUCAACUGCGAUGUUAAAUGGUGGGCCCGUGACGCUGAUCUAUGGGUUUCUUCUGGCGUGGGUCGGGGCCCUGGCGACGGCGGCGAGUUUGGGGGAGAUGGGGAGUAUUUGGCCUACUAGUGGAGGACAGUACCACUGGACCGCCCAACUCGCCCCUCCCGGACAAAAAGCCUUCCUCUCCUGGUUCUGCGGCUGGAUCGCCACCUUGGGCUGGAUAGCCAAUACAGCCGCUGGCGCCUUCUUCGCCGCCACCAUGAUCCAGGGGAUCCUCGUGCAGAAUAAUCCGGAUUAUGGCUAUCAGCGCUGGCACGGGACGUUGCUGAUCUGGGCGGUGAUGCUGAUUGUUUUCCUCGUUAACAGUGUGGGGACGAAACUGCUUUCGAUCGCGGAGGGCUUCAUCCUGGUGCUGCAUCUGAGUGCAUUUUUGGCUGUGUUGGUGCCUUUGCUGUACUUCAGUCCGAAGGGGAGCGCGAGGGAUGUUUUCGCUACUUUUACCAAUAAUGGUGGCUGGAGUAGUGAUGGUCUAUCCUGGUUCAUCGGAUUCUCGCUCAGCGCUAAUCUGCCUCUGAUCGGGUACGAUGGGCCUGCGCAUCUGGCCGAGGAGAUCCGGAAUGCGAGUACAGUCGUCCCGUGGUGCAUGAUCUGCACAGUCCUGCUUAACGGUGUCCUGGGCUUCGCCAUCGUGGUCGCUUUUUCCUUCUGCAUCGUCCCUACUAUCGAGGAUGCUUUGACGAGUCCGACGGGCUAUGAUUUCAUCGAGGUGUUUUAUAACGCUAUGGGAACUGCUGGGACUGCGGGCAUGACGGCGGUCUUAAUUAUCCUGAUGUGGUGUGCCACUUUUGGGUUCUUGGCCACGGCUAGUCGACAGACGUGGGCGUUUGCGAGAGAUCAGGGGUUGCCGUUUAGCACUUACUUCGCUCAGGUCAAUGAGAGGCUGGCUCUGCCGCUGAGGGCGAUUGUGUUGUGUAGUAUUAUUCCUUGUUUGAUCGGCUUGAUCAAUAUUGGAUCGACGGCAGCGUUCAACGCCAUCGUCUCCCUCACCGAAGCAGGCUUAUAUAUCUCCUACCUCAUCCCGAUCAUCCUGAUCAUGAUCAAGAAGAUCAAAGGCGAACACAUCUCAUAUGGUCCAUGGUCCAUGGGCAGAUACGGAGUUCUAGUAAAUGGGUUCAGCGCAGUCUUCUUGACCAUCUCGGUCUUCUUUUCGUUCUUCCCUCCCGCUAUUCCGGUAACACCAGUCACAAUGAACUGGUCCAUCGCUGUCUUUGGCGGGUUCGUAAUUCUUGGUUUGAUCUGGUAUGCUGUUCUGGGACGGAGACAGUAUCAUGGUCCGAUUGUUGAGCGCCCGUCGCUUGUGACAGAUGAGCGGAAGUGA